AUGCAAGACCCUUUGGACAAAUUCGAAACGUACCGAUACAGGAAGUCCAAAUCUGGGUGUCUGACGUGCAAACCCAUUUGUCUGCGAUGCUCCUCAACAGGCCGCAAAUGCGAUGGGUACAGGCCACGCAAGGAUUAUGCCGUUCUUGUACCUGCAUUCUCACCUCCCAAGGCCCCUUACGCUGAGAAUGAUCGGGAAACCCGAUGUUUCCAGUUCUUCUACGAAAGAACCGUGCCUGCACUAGCAGGUUAUUGCGGAUCGGAAUUCUGGAGCCGACUGGUGCUGCAGGCGAGCCAGCAUGAGAAGGCCAUUUGGCAUGCAUUGAUUGCAUUGGGAUCGCUACAUGAGGACUUUGAGAACAACGACCACUUUUUUGAACUUGAUCUUUUCCUUCAGCAACAGAAUGACUUUGCUAUUUGUGAAUAUCUGGCUGCGAUUAGAGCAUUGCUGGGACCGUCCACAAGCAGUAGUGAAAAUGUUACGGUGGACGUUUGUUUAAUCUCUUGUAUUCUCUUUACUUGUUUCGAGAUUAUCUCUGGUCAUUAUGGUUCUGCGAUCAAUCAUAUUCAAAGCGGAGUCAAAAUCCUCAAGGAGGUCUAUCAUGAUCCAAGCAGUGGAACGUUCCGACAUCCACACCUUCGUCCUUCUACCGUGUCAAGUCUGGAAAUGGAGAGCCUGCGUAAAAUGUUCUUCCGCCUUCAGGGGCAAGCUUUAACCUUGACUCGCGCCGAUACCUAUCAUCUCACACAAGAGGAACUUGCAAUACCCGACACUUCUCUUUUCUGGCAUGACAUCCCGGAUAUCUUUCUCUCAAUUGCCGAGGCUCGUGAUAGCUUUGAACUGUUAAAUCAAAGAUGUGUGAACCACUAUCGGAUAGUCAUGCAGUCUGUAUCGGAUACAAUGGCCCCAGAAAUGUCAAAAUACCUGCUUCAGCAAUACGGAACCUGUCUUGAUAAAUGGUGCACCGCUCUCGCUCGUUUUGCAGAACGUCGCAGUGAUUCAUUAACCUCCAAAGAGCGAAUAGGACUUAAAUUGCUCAACAUCCAUAAGCAUAACCUGCUAAUGUAUUACGAAUACGUGACGGUUUGCGAGAUGGGAAGAUAUUCCGAUGCCAUACCACCUUUUUCUUGGGAUAAAUUUAAUUCCCAGUUUGCGGAAAUUGUGUCACUGGCCGCUUCGAUAGUCACCUCCUCUGUUACAGAUGCUCAUGCAGAAUCGUCGGUUAAGCCGGCGUUUUCCCUUGACAACGGCGUAAUAGCUCCUCUCUACGAAGUUGCUACACUGUGCCGAGAUCCAAUUACUCGUCGAAAAGCCGUUGAGGUCCUACGUUCUGCACCUCGACAAGAAGGGGUGUUUAACAGUUAUCUCAGUGCAAUGGUUGCUGAAAAGAUAAUCGAGAUCGAAGAGGCUGCUGCUUUGGACUGUGUCACGGAUUAUAGCAGUGAUUUUCCGUUGGAAUCCGUGCUCUCUGGACAGAACCUGGCACAACAUGUCAAUCAGGUCAGGGAUAGUUCUGAAAUACCUGAUGCUGUACGCUUGUCGUACGCGCAUCCAAAAUUCGAUGUGGUCAAGAAAAAGGUUUUCUUAACCAUUGGCCAGGCAGCAAAGAUGCAUAUGGACAUUCCAUGGUCGGACAUGAAUUAUCUGGUUGAUUCUGAGAGGUAA